AUGCAUAUUGUACCAGCUAUAAAAGAUUCAUUUCCACAAGUUUAUGCUGUCUAUGUAUUUUGUUUUGAUAUUGUAAGACAAUUAAAUUGGGCAUUAAAAUGUAUUGAUACCGGAUUUCUUAUGUUUGAUGAUGAUAUAAAAUUACGUUUACGUAUAAUCAGAGAUAUGGGACAAUAUUUUAUUGAAAAAGGAUGUGAAUAUUUAAAAUUAAAUGUAGCAACUCGGGCAUUGGAAUAUUUUACUGCAGCUAAACGAUUAUUUAUACGUGCUAAUAAGUUAGAACGUGAAGAUUAUGUAACACAUAUUGAUCUUCUAGAACAAAUAUUGAUACCACUAGCUGAAGAACAGCAAACGAAAUCUGAAUGCGAUGACGAUGGAAAAAAUGCUGUAGAGUGUGAUCUACUAUAA